CAAUGCCAGCAACAUAUGUGGAUAAUAUCAAUGGAACGAGCCAAAACGAGUGGUUACCAUUUUUGAACGAUUAGAUUUUUAGAUUUCAUCUUUAUUCCAUGGUUGUUUUUUGUUCCCGAGGGAGCAGUCCCCUGUACCAACUCCAGAAACACAGUUUCUUUCUCACUUGUCUUCCCCCCCUCACCCCUCAAUGGCUGCAAUCACUAAUUUCUUAACUAAGCCACCUACUUCCGAUCUUCUUCACUUCACCCCAAAACUGACUUCUCUUUGCUCUCAUGCUUCUUUUCUACCAUCCCUUGCGACUAGGCCCAGAUCUUUUUCAACAAAGCUAGGAACAAGCACAAGCUCUCGCUUCAUUACCAAGGCUACAGCUGCUCCUGGGACCAAGAAUGCUCCGAGUGAUGAGCGAGUUCAGAAGGUUCACAGCAUUGAGGAAUUCGAUGAAGCUCUCAGGAAGGCUAAAAACAGGCUUGUUGUGGUGGAAUACGCCACUAGCUUCAGCUAUCAUAGCAGUAAAAUUUACCCGUUUAUGGUAGACCUUAGCAGGACAUGCAACGAUGUCGAAUUCAUCCUCGUGAUGGGUGAUGAAUCGGACGAGACUAGGGAGCUUUGCAAAAGAGAGAAAAUUACGAAAGUCCCGCACUUUAGCUUCUACAAGAGCAUGGAGAAAAUCCAUGAAGAAGAAGGGAUCGGACCGGACCAGCUGAUGGGUGAUGUGUUGUACUACGGUGACAGCCAUUCGGGUGUGGUUCAGCUUCACAGCAGGGAGGACGUUGAGAAGCUCAUCGAAGACCACAAGCUUGACCAUAAGCUGAUUGUUCUGGACGUGGGGCUCAAACAUUGUGGGCCAUGUGUCAAGGUGUACCCGACGGUGAUUAAGCUGUCAAGGCAAAUGGAUUCGGUGGUUUUUGCGAGGAUGAACGGUGAUGAGAACGACAGCUGCAUGCAGUUCCUCAAGGACAUGGACGUGGUGGAGGUGCCGACGUUUUUGUUCAUCAGGGACGGAGAGAUAUGUGGAAGGUACGUAGGAUCUGGGAAAGGAGAGCUUAUUGGGGAGAUUCUAAGAUACCAAGGCGUUCGAGUUACUUAUUAGUGGGAAGCUCAAAAGUAACUCAUACAAAACAUCAAUUAUGAAAAUGUAAUAUGUGUUGGACUGAGUUUACUAUAGUGAAAUGAAUUGUACUCCACAUUUAUCUAUAUCUAAAGGACUAAAUUUUUCUUUGUUUUAA